AUGUCUAACCCUAUCGUCUUUUUCGACAUCGCCGUCGACAACGCCCCCGCGGGCCGCAUCGUUUUCGAGCUCUUCGCGAAUGUCGUCCCCCGCACCGCUGAGAACUUCCGUGCUCUGUGCACUGGUGAGAGGGGGUUCGGCUACAAGGGAAGCGGCUUCCACCGUGUGAUCCCCCAGUUCAUGCUGCAGGGUGGUGACUUCACCCGUGGAGAUGGCACCGGUGGCCGCUCCAUCUACGGUGAAACAUUCCCCGAUGAGAACUUCGCCUUGAAGCACGAGGUCCCCGGUCUUCUCUCCAUGGCCAAUGCUGGUCCUGGCACAAACGGCUCUCAGUUCUUCAUCACCACCGUUGUCACUGACUGGCUCGAUGGAGCCCACGUUGUCUUUGGACGCGUUAUCGACAACAUGCAACUGGUCAAGCAGAUUGAGUCUCUUGGAAGUGGCUCCGGUACUCCCAAGAGGAAGGUCACAAUUGCCGACUGUGGCCAGCUCCAGUAA